AUGGCUCCUAGGCGCAAGAACAAGUCUUCAAAAGUGAUAACACAGGAUGAUCCUUCUCUCGCAACUCCGGCCACACCUCCAAAACCCUCCCCGACUUCCCCUUUAACUCCUAUCGCAACCACCCCUCGUAUUACCAAACGUCCAGCCUCUAGAGGUUCCACCUCUGCCACUUCUUCUAGACUACCCAAACCCACUUCCUCACCCCCGACCGGCUCCUCCACACCCACACGGAAGAGAAGAAAGACGACGAAAGCUUCUGUACGAGCCUCAAAUACCGUUGAGACGGCUGAGGACGCCCUCUCUCUCAACAAGCCAAUGAGUCCAUCACCAAUCAUCGCGACAUCUUCUUCAACAUUGAUAGCUGAUACUUUGGUCGGUUAUGAUGAUGACGAUGAUGAUGAUAUCGAAAUCCUUCCUAGUAUCUUUGACAUACUAUUCGCUCCUCGUCUUUCUCCUUCUCUCCCUCCAAGACCGGUAACAGAAAACGAUGUCGUGCGCCCUCCCCCAAAGGUGGAAAAUUUUCGUCCCACCACUCUUCCAGUUAGUGUCAAUAUCGGCGAUGCGGUUUACGCCAGAAGACAACGUUGUUUUUGGCCUGCUGUAUUGGUAGAAUUCCGACCUGCUCAAAAUGCCCAAGAGCAGAAGAAAGGAAAAGAUCAGUAUGUGGUGGAUGUGAGGUAUCAACCUGGUAAACCAGCUUUGAAAAGGAAAGAUAUCAUCUUUCAAUGUGAUGCUGAGAUUGCGGAUUGUGUGCUCGGCGAAAUGGAAACCCGUCCCAUCGAAUUUAAACCUAGCGACGCCCUCACUCGUCAAACCACCCCUUCCAUCGACCCCUCUGUUCCUUUCGAGAAGUUAGAAAGAAGAGAUCAACUCGUUCUCCUCCGACCUCAUCUAUCUCGAAUUAUCUCCGAAAAUUAUCCUCCAGCACAAUGGCGUAUCGAUCGUUUUUUCGGUACUCGAAAUCAACGUGAAGCUCUAAGUGGUUGUGUACAAUAUGGAGAUAUACUAGAAAAAGAAUGUGCAGAGGUUAUAGUUCCUGAACUACAACGAUGGGCUUUAAGAGAACGAGGAGAUCGAAAAAGAGGUUCAGAGAGAUAUGAAAGUUUGUCGGAGGUUGAGAAAAGGGGUUAUUUGAAUUCUGUGUUGUUACCUGAAGCUAUAAUUGGGUUGUGUGUCAAGUCGGAGGGAUUGGACGAGGAGAAAGAAGAGGAGGAUGGUCAAGGUAUCGAAUCACACGAGAAUGACGCAUCAGGAUCGUCAGUCGGGGAUUUAGAACAAAGUCGAACGAAUCCCCAAUACGAAUACGAAGGAAGAAAUCUCGAUAAUGAAUCUCAACAUCUCAUAUCGGCCGACUCGGCUUUGGAGGACGUAAAUGUCAUAUCGGAAGGAGGACAAUCCGUUCCUGACAAACCUUUAGAAAGUUGCAACUUGAAUACGAACGAGAACGAAUAUGAAAUUUAUAAAUCAGCUCGAAAACGUUUAGACGAAUUAAGGACUUUUGACCAAACCACACAAUGGGAUUUACUCAUUACGGACCUUAAUUUCGCUAGGAGAAGAAUGAGACAGAAAAGACAUUUAGAACCUGAACAUAUUAAUGAUGAAGAGAGACAGAGGAUGAGAUUAUCUUCUGGACAAUACGAAAUGGGUUGGGUGGGGAGAGCAAGGAAAGUCAAGAGUAUGAAAGUGUGAACAGAAGUUUGAUGUGUAGGGUUUUUCUUAGUUGGAUGAGACUUUAAGAGUCUGGAGGAAUGUUCGUGGACGGAGUCGUUCGUGGAGGAAUCGCUCGUGAGGGGAUCGUAUCUCGAAGGAUGGAGGAGACGGUGAGUGGAGGUGUGGUGUUUUGGAGGGAAAGGACGGUGUUCUCGAGGGGAGAGAGGGGUGGAGGGGGACAGCGGGAAUGAACAGAAAUCUUGGAGAUACAUCGAUUAAACGUUUGUCCCGCAAUGAGAGUUCACCCAACGAAGAGGGAGGGUUGUGUGAAUUGGAUGAACGGAAAGAAGAUGAAGAAUUAGAAAUUGGGGCGAGGAAAAGAGUAAGAUCGUAUAAUCUAAACCAAAUGAAUUUUCUCACCAUCUCCCUCACACUUAUAACAUCGACUCACCUCAACUUCUCAUGUGAUAUGCAAUACUCUUUUGUC